UUCGUAUCCGUUCUGGGAGAACAGUCGAAAGUCCGCCAACGCCAGUACAAGCUGGUAGCGGAGUUUGUCCCCGUCACUUUUGACCCUACGAACGGAGAGGUCUGGCGCAGUAUCGAAGCAGGCCUCGGCCUGGACAGCAAUGAGAUUAUAGAGGCGCGCUGGAUCAAGCCAGCGCACAGGCGGUACCAGGGCCAACGUUUCGCUCACCUGUUGGUAGCGCUCUCCAGUCCGGAGGCGGCUAACAAGGUUAUUAGAGCGGGUUUGGUGUUAGCGGGACGCCAUGUAAGUGCACGAAAGAAUUUAGUGGAGCCGAUUAGAUGCGCGAAGUGCCACCGCUAUAAUGCCGGUCACUUAGCUAGAGAUUGUCCUCAGGGGCACGACACAUGUGGCACAUGUGCGAGGGCGCACCGCACUGCUGACUGUACGGUCAAAGACGUGGAGCAGUACCGAUGCAGUAACUGCAAUGAGAGGGGGCAUGCGUCAUGGGACCGGGACUGUCCGACGUUCCUAGAGCAUCUAGGAAAGAUGGACGCCAGACAUCCGGAGAACUGCCUUCAAUUCUUCCCCACAGCCGACCCAGACUCUUGG